UAGGGCGCGCACAAAACCAGCGCGAUCCGAGCAGCCAUUGCGGAGCAGAGUCCGGGGUUUCGGACUAGUUUGCAUCGAUUCUCACGCAAUUUAAAGGCCACGGGACACAUAAAAGGGAGUCCGAACCCGGCACUGAUCUGUCCGUAGGUGUGGGAUCACUGGGGUCUUGUCUUCUCUGUCACCUGGAGUUGAGCUCUGGGGUUUUUCUUUUGUUAUUGGGGUGGUGAUUCUGUAGUCUUUCCUUGUAAAAAUGACGGUUGAUCCCGAUUUUCUGGUGCUGUUAUUUACCACCACAUCUGGCGCAAGUGGGGACCGGUUGGGAUCGGACGAAAAGGAAAUUGUACAAUUGGUUUGGCAAGUUGUGGAUUUAGCGACUAAAAAGGUUGGCCAGGUACAUGAACUGCUCGUCAGACCGGAGAACAUUGAGUUUACCGAAGAGUGUCAGGAGGUGAGCGGACUCACAGAGGAGGCCUUGACAUCUUCUGCUUCUCUUGAGGAGGCCAUCGAUGAGUUGAAUCAGAGGUUAUGUGCAGAAGUGGACACCGGUGCAGGGAACACUUUCUGUUUCUGUACUGAUGGACAGUUGCAUGUGCGCCAAGUUCUGCAUCCUGAGGCUUCCAGCAAGAAUUUUUUGUUGCAUGAGUGUUUCUUCACAUUUUUCGACCUACGGAAAGAGUUCAAGAACUCGUUCCAAUCAGAAGGGGACUUCAAUGACUUAGAUCUUCAGGUCAUGGCUGACCACCUGAAUGUCGUUGUAGAUUCUUCUCUUCAUGCGUUCACCGCACACGAAGUUCAGCUGAUGUCAGAAAUCGUUUUAGCGCUCAUCUCUGAGCCUGCCUGCCAUAAAUUCUCCUGCCCUGAAAAAGUGAACGACAAGUUCGAGACUGGCACUUGCAGUAAGAUGGAAAGGGUAGAUGAUAACACAGUGAUCAGAGCUCGAGGCCUUCCCUGGCAGUCCUCAGAUCAGGACAUCGCCCGAUUCUUCAGGGGUCUCAACAUCGCCAAAGGAGGUGCUGCACUGUGUUUAAACGCUCAGGGGAGGAGGAACGGAGAAGCACUUGUGCGGUUUGAGAGUGAGGAACACCGAGAUUUAGCCCUGCAGAGACACAAGCAUCACAUGGGCACCAGAUACAUUGAGGUUUACAAGGCAACAGGGGAAGACUUUCUAAAGAUCGCAGGAGGCACCUCAAAUGAAGUGGCCAAUUUUCUGUCACGGGAGAAUCAGGUCAUCAUCCGCAUGCGCGGGCUUCCAUUCACCGCCACGGCCGAGCAAGUGCUGCAGUUCUUCUCCCCGUCCUGCCCCGUGACGGACGGCAGUGAGGGCAUCCUGUUUGUGCGCUUUCCCGAUGGCAGGCCCACGGGGGACGCCUUCGUCCUGUUCUCCUACGAAGAGCAUGCUCAAAAUGCUCUGAAGAAACACAAGGACAUCCUGGGCAAGAGAUACAUCGAGCUCUUCAAGAGCACUGCCGCCGAGGUGCAACAGGUAUUGAACCGAUAUUCAUCUGCCCCUUUGAUAUCCGUGGCACCCUCCCCCAUCCUAUCCAUGGUGCCUCCACCCACGUUCAUGCCCCCCGCUGCAGCUGUAACGGGUGUCCGCGACUGCAUGAGAUUAAGGGGUCUGCCUUACGAUGCCAGCAUCCAGGAUAUAUUGAUUUUCCUGGGGGAAUACACUGCGGACAUCAAACCACACGGAGUGCACAUGGUGAUCAACCAACAGGGUCGUCCAUCUGGUGAUGCCUUCAUCCAAAUGCGUUCGGCCGACCGGGCGUUUCUGGCUGCCCAGCGCUGCCACAAGCGCAGCAUGAAGGAGCGUUACGUGGAGGUGUUCGCCUGCUCCGCUCAGGAGAUGAACAUCGUGUUGAUGGGGGGGACGCUCAAUAGGAGCGGCCUCUCGCCGCCACCAUGUAAGUUACGACGUAAGUGCCGCUGGGCUCUGGGGCUGCUUCUCUCAGCUGUGUGUGCGGGCCUGUCCCCUCCAUCGUAUUCAUUUCAUCCCGGGACGGCAGUCCUUCCCGCCGGGGCUGUCCUUCCCGCGGGGGCGAUGCUACCAGUGGAGCCGUCAGCUAUUUACCCCUCCCAGUUUUUACUGAGUCCCCGCCCCCUGGCCCCUACAACAGCCUUCUACCCUGCCAAUAAUCCAUUAUUUAUGAACUACACUGCCUAUUAUCCAAGCCCCCCUGGCUCCCCCCCUAACAUCAGCUACUUCUCAACCGGCCACACCCCUUCAGCUGGCUCAGUCCUCUCAGCCCCACCCACAGCACUGAUACGAAUGCAAGGUCAUGCCCAUUCCCACGCUUACAACAGUGGAGUUAAAGAGAUCCUCAGCAUGGUACAUGGAUAUCAGCCUGGCAACAGCGAUGCCUUGUUAACUCUCCCCUCUGUGCUAUCAGCCAAGCAGCCUAUUGGUGACCAGACAGUUGGAGGCGGGGCCUAUCUUGACUUGCAGCUGCUUUAAGCCAAUCUAAUCGCAGUGUGAAACACGGAUUCAUCAAACCCCCUCAAAACAAAGCAGUUUAUGCCAUUCCUUAGAUAGCUAUUUAUAUAAGAUAAAAAAGAGAAAUAUAUGUAUUUUGACAUUUUAAUGUAUAUUGCACAUUGUUUUUUUAUGCAUUCGAGCUAAUAUUCUACUCAUGAGUUUUGUCGCUGAAGUCAAAUGUGUGUUUGUGAGAGUUUGUAUGUUUGUGUACAUUACACAUGCAGAGAUGUUCACUCAGGAAAUAGCUCCUCAAACCAGGUUCAAAAGAUUUUACCCGCUGCAUCAAGACUACACCCGUACCAUUUAAGCCAAAGGACCGAAAAAAGUGUGUGUGUGUGUGUGUGCGUGUUAGUGCCUGUCUCUCCCUAUUGAUGUGACUCUACCAUAAGUAUGUAAAUGCGUAGAGACCUUCUCAAGCCUUUAUCCUUUUUCUUUUAAGGUUUAAUUUGCAUGAAGUUCAAAGAGCUAGCUGUUAUAAUAUGUUUACAGGAGUCGCCGUGCACAACGUAGUGUAUGGAUAUCUGCAACUUGUAGCUCUACAACAGUCAUUUCGCCAAAAUUGCUCAGAAGCUGAAUCAGGAACAACUGUCUGCGUGUGAUGUAUACAUCAAAAGUGUGUAUUGUCCUUACCCAAUCAAUGUACAAAAUAAUAGAGAUAAAUGCGCUAGUCGACGUGUGAACGUGUAGCUGAUGUAACCAGAUUGAUGAAUCUGUGAGGUGUGUUUAUGGUAGUGUGUGUGUGCCAUCACAAGCACCAUAACCAAAUGCAUGUGUGAUUUUUUUUUUUUUUACUGCACUCAGAGAGUGUUUUGGGCCUGCUGUAAUGCACACAUGUGUAUUUUCACCCAUUGUCUGUGUAUUAAGGAGAGUGUUUGUGUGCAUUUGAUGGAAUGUGAACAGGUUUAUUGUUUUAACUAUACAGCUGUAUCCCGUACCCUCCUGUUUGUUUUUGCCAACGUGCGUCGUUUAUUAUACUCUGUGCUUUUUUUAAAUACUAGUGAGUCAUUUGCAUGUUUAGGCUUUUAUGACCUGUAGGAGUAAAAUGUAUGACAGUAAAAUAGUCAGUGUGGUUUAUUUGUACCCAGACUUGCCAACAAGCAGUAAGUAUGGGUACCGAGAACCGGUACUUUUUUUGGACCGGUACAUAAUUGGGUCGAUACCAGAGUAUCGAUAAGCUUCAUGACAAACGAUACUGUUAUCGAUACUUGCGUUGUUUUAUCGCAGUGUAUUCGGGUGUUAAAUGGCGAAUUAGAGGCUGCUGCCUGUCAUUUUCCAUCCCUGAAUGGUGUCCGAAUGGCGGAAGUUUGCUCGACGUAUGUAUGAUAUCCAGGGCCAUAUGAUUUCCGCGAUGCAUUUGUAAUCUGCUUGUUUUGCGUGUUUAUGAGUGAAAGAGUGGCAUGGUUGCGCUUGUGGAGCUUUCAGCGUCCGCGUUUCACAACGAGGAAGCUUGUCGCUACCCGAUCCGUCCCGGAAACACGAUUUGUUCCGCGCAUGCGCGAAACUGACGCCACAUCCGGUCGAUACAAUUUACGGCAGUUAAAAAAACGUUCGUUCCGUACCGGAAAUAGUUUUUAAAUAAACUCUUUAUUGAACAUUGCAUUUAACAUCAAAAGACAUUAAACACAUUACAGUUUGUAAUGGUUUGGAGAAACGUACGAGGGAUACACUAAGAAUCCUGUUUAGAGC